AUGGUUCCACUGCACUCAAAAUCAUCGGAACCGAAUUCCAUUAAAGAAGUAUUCAAAAACACUAAGUUAGGACCAACACGAGAAGCAGAUAAUGUUGCACAGGCGUGGCUAGAUGACCAUGAGAGGAGUUUUGGACAUUUUAUUGAUGGAAAAUGGGUAAAACCAGAAGGCAGGAAAACAUAUCAAACAAAAAACCCAGCCACUGGUCAGACUUUAGCUUCCACUUUACAGGGCACUAAAGAGGAUGUAGAUAUGGCCGUGAAGUCAUCGAGGAAAGCUUAUGAGUCGUGGAGUAAAACACCACCUCAUGUCCGAGCUCGAUACAUGUACAGUGUGGCUAGACACAUUCAGAAGCAUCAGCGUCUGAUAACGGUUGUUGAAUCUAUGGACAAUGGUAAAACCUUCCGUGAAAGCCGUGAUGCUGAUAUUCCAACUGUAGUGCGACACUGGUACCACCAUGCUGGAUGGGCACAACUCAUGGAAUCUGAGAUGAGGGGUUGGCAAUCUAUUGGUGUUUUGGAGCCCCUUGUUGGGCAGACGUUAAGGAGAUUGAUAGCAGGUACUGGUAAGAAGUUGUCACUAGAACUGGGUGGUAAAUCAGCUGUUAUAGUAUUUGACUCGGCUGAUCUAGACAGUACAGUAGAAGGUCUGGUUGAUGCAAUCUGGUUCAAUCAGGGACAGGUAUGCAGUGCCGGGUCUAGGCUUCUGGUACAGGAGUCAGUUUAUGGUAGACUGGUUGGAAAAUUGAAAACUAGACUGACCCACUUUAGAGUGGGAGACAGUCUUGAUAAAACAGUUGAUAUGGGUGCCAUAGUGGAUGACUCACAGAAGAAAUCAAUAGAUGAGUAUGUAGAAGAUGCUCGUAGAGAAGGGGCAGAGGUUUACCAAGCAUCAGCAUGUAUUCCAGUCAGAGGAUGUUUUUAUCCACCAACGCUAAUAACAAAUGUUCAGACUGUGUCUCGAGUUGUAGCAGAAGAGAUAUUUGGUCCAGUAUUGGUAGUUUUACCAUUUAGAACAGCUAAAGAGGCUAUCACACUAGCAAACAACUCUAUGUAUGGUCUGGGUGGUAGUGUGUGGACAGAAAAUAUCUCACUUGCCAUGGAAGUGGCUAUCAGUAUUAAAACAGGUACAAUGUGGAUUAACUCACACAACAUGUUUGAUGCCGCAGCAGGUUUUGGUGGAUAUAAACAGAGUGGUUAUGGUCGAGAUGGAGGGAAAGAGGGAUUGUAUGAGUAUGUUAGGCCAGCUUGGGAGUCACGUCCACGUCCAGCAAAUGUUGAACUUGAUUUGAAGACAUUUGGUGCAACCAUAGGUAGCAGGCCUAAUGUCGGUGGUAAUGAAUGUGGCAAGGGAGAAAUACCAAAGAUUGAUCAUACAUAUAAGAUGUAUUAUGGAGGAGCACAAAAGAGACCAGAUGGUCAGUAUUCACGUCCUGUCACCAAUCCCGACGGUAAAGUUAUAGGUCAUGUUGGAGAAGGUAACAGGAAAGACAUCAGAAAUGCAGUAGAGGCAGCUCAUAGUGCUGCUCCAGGGUGGGGAAAGAGAGCGGCUCAUAAUCGUGCACAGAUAGUUUACUAUAUGGCAGAAAAUCUAGAGAUCAGGAAACAAGAGUUUGCAGGUAGAAUUCAGGAAAUGACAGGAAAGUCACUUGAGGAAGCUCUGAGAGAAGUUGAUGUUUCUAUAAAUAGAUUAUUCCAUUGGGGCGCUUAUUGUGAUAAAUACGGAGGUUCAGUACAGGAAACCACAUUAUAUGGAGCAACAGUGAAGAUACAUGAGCCAGUAGGUGUGAUAGGUAUUGCCUGUCCAGAUCAGUACCCGUUACUUGCCUUUGUGUCGUUGUUUGCCCCAGCUGUGAUCCGAGGUAACACGGUGGUGAUUGUACCAAGUGAGAAAUAUCCAUUACUUGCCCUCGAUCUUUAUCAGAUAUUUGAUACAUCUGAUCUACCAGGGGGUGUUGUCAACAUUAUCACAGGAGACAGGGACCAUCUCACAAAGUUUCUAGCAGAACAUCAGGACAUUCAGUCUAUGUGGUAUUUCGGUGGUGCCGAGGGAUCCAAAUACGUUGAAUACAUAUCUGCUGAGAAUGUUAAACGUACUUGGGUAAAUUAUGGUAUUGAGAGAGAUUGGGAGGACUGCGAGCAAGGUCAAGGUGAAGAAUUCUUGUAUCAUUCCAUUCAAGUAAAAAAUAUCUGGAUACCCAUGGGAGACGUGUUUGCUAACUAAACUUCUCCACAUAUCUAUCAUGUAGAGGUGAUAAUAAAGCAAAUGAUUUAUAAGAAGAAACAGUUGACAUUCCGAAUUAUACAUGCUUGAUGUUAAUUUUGUUUACUAUUUUUCUGAAAGAAAAAAGUUUUUUCAUGACAAUCUAAAGUAAUUAUGGGGUAAAUACUUUAUUUAGGUAGAAACAGCUUCAGCAUUUGUUUGUUUAUAUUUAAAUUUAGCAGAUGCAUUCAAUUUACUUUGAUGAUCAUGUUUAAAAUAUACAACUGUUUUCGUUGUUAACAAACAUUUGUUGAUACUUUGUGAUAUACACAGUUACAGUGUUGAAUCUAGGACAGGGACAAAAUAAGGGCACCCGACAAUAUAUUUAGAAUUAAUUAGAUGAUCACUAUUUACAAAAACUGGUUUUUUGUUUGUGAUACGUUACAGAAGAACAUGUAUGUAAACUGUAUAUAUAUAUAUAUAUAUAUUAUAUGUGUGUGUGUGUGUGUGUGUGUAUAUACAAAUGUAUUUGUAUGUAUUUGGGUAUUGAGCUAAGAAUUUAUAUCCUAGAAGUUUUGGUAUCUAUGUAAGAAUCUCUUAAUUUGUUUGUUUAGUUUAAUUUAGCAACCUUUUUGUUUUAAUUUUUUUUUUAUUAUAGAACAGUAUUUGCAGUGAACUUUUUUUUUACCUAAAUCAGUAUUUAGAUUUCAUAAAAAAUCUCGGUGAAAACCCUCCAAAAUUGUUAUGGAUAAAAUGUUUUUGGAUGGAAAUUCACAAAAUUUUGUUAAUGUCAAUCAUUGUUUUGUUUGUUUUAUUUUACUUUAGUUUAAGUUCCUAGUAUAUUAAAUGAUAAAUUUACAUAUCAGAAGCGGACAUUGACUGAUCGAUUUUUAUUGAGAUUUUUUUUUUUUUUUUUUUUUUUUUUUAAAUUUCGAUUUUGAAAGGAAGCUAUUAGCUUAUAGGCACACUCUGGAAUCUGUACCAGUACUGAGCAAUGUGUGUAAAUUUUUUCUUACACAAGAAAACAUCGGCUUGCCCCUGAGAAGGUUUGAACCUACACAGAAAGUGAUAUAUAGAUUACUAAUGGCAUGCAUUUACUAGUGAAUAUGUUGAUGUAGCUAAUGUUCACAUAUAUGUAUUUUUGUUUAUGUUUUACUGUUCGUAAGUUUUAUGCUACUCUUAUACCAAAAUUGUUUUGGAAAAAAAAAAUAUUGUAAUUGUAGAUGUCAGAAAUUGAAUGUAAAAAUUCAUGUUAGAUAUGUAUUUUAUAGUACUGUUCUGUAUGCUAGUCAUGUACUAAAAUUUAGAAAGUGUUCAUACAUAAUUUUCAUUUUUAAAAGUACUCAGGUGAUAUGUUAUAGUCAACCUUUGUUCUCUUGUUAAAGGAACUUCACCAAGGUCAAAAAGCCAAAAACCAAAAAACAUAAAAUUUAUAUUCUUUGAUCAGAGACAUAGAUAACAUGUUAUCUAUGUCUCUGCUUUGAUAGAUCAAGUGAAACACAUAAAAUAGAAAAAUCUGCAAAGGAUAAUAAAGAAAUAUACUCUGGAUUAAAUUGAAUAUCGAUUCUUGUGCAGUUCUUAGCCAGAUUAUAUUAUUUUAGAAUUAUGGGGUGAGGGAUUAAUCAGAGAAUUUGCACACAAAUUAUUAGUCCAGACCUACAUCAAAUGGUAUACAUAUUCUAGUCCAUCAUGUCAAAAAACCUUUGUGGAGGCACUUUAACUUUUGUUAACAAUUUCUCUUAAACUACUAGGCCAGUUCUGGUAAAACAAUACAGGAAUAAUUCUAGGAUAGUGAUUUACAAAAUAUGUGCAGCUUUAAUUUUUCCAGUCUACUGAAUAAAUUGGCCACUUUGCAAAUGUUUUCAAUAUCUUUGGAUAUCCAUGUACUUCCAGUCUCCCGUUAAAUGUUUGAUUCAAAGUAAAUGUUAAUUAAAUUUCAUUGAGGCAUGCGUCGCCCAGUGGUUCAGGUGGUUGACUUCAACCACUUGCCCCUCACCUGUGGGUUUGAAUCCUGACAGAGACUUUGAAUUAUUUCAUAUUAGGAAGCUAUCGAGCGUUGGUUCUACUCAGGUGCCUGUUUGUGCAUUAAGUAAUGCACAGAAGGGCACCCGAGGUGUUCCUGCUCAAGAAGUCCAGAUAUCACUUUACAAUAUCACUAGUAUAAGCUAUAAGUGUGUGGUAUAUAUUUAUUCAGAGCUUACAUUACUACCUUAUUGUUUGUACAUAGAUAUGAAGACAAUUAUAUAGAGUAUGUGUCUUCAUAUAUUUUGACUUUUCUUUGACUAAUAAAGCAAAGAUAUUAUAGAA